AUGUUUGACUAUUACACGAAGUUUCUUGACGGCGUCAGACAAGAAUGCGCGUCGGAUACUUCGUGCAAGAAGAAUGUGGACGAGGCAGAAGCGGCCAGAAAGAAUAUACUCAACGUGACGCGAACAAUUCACGAAGAUUUCCGAGAAAAAUUCAACGCCUCCGUAGAAAGCUUCCUGUUGCUCUCUCCUAUUCAGACUGAGUUCGACGACAUAGACCGCAAUGACUUGGGCAGGAUCAAGAAAAUAAACUUCUUGGAAUCAGCUGUGCUCUCUACACGCUACCCCAACGUGUCCAGCAUGGGUGUCCUCGGCAGCCUGAGUCCGUAUGACGUAGUCUUUGCCACUGGGUGAGUUUUCCAUAAGUGCACUGCAUAGUAUAGCACAAAUACAAUUGUUAUUUAUUUCUAUUUCAUCUGGCGUUUACCAUCUGCCAUGGCAUUAAUGACGUAAUCGGGAAGUGUCAGGUCACUUAAGCAAUUUGUCAGUGAACCAGUUGAUCAUACAUAAGGGACAAC